AUUUUUUUUUCUUUUAAAAGUCUGUCCUCUUCCUUUUUUAAUUCAUAACUGGGUUUUUUGUCGCUGCAUGAGCUGGGAUUUUAAAGGGGCGGGCUGUGUGUUGUCUGACGAAUAAAAGCUGUAGCCUAUAGAUCGGUGCAAGGCUUUUAACCGGGUACAACCAGCCAGCCUUAAAGGAAACAGAGGUUAUAAUCGAGCGAUAAAGGUCUGAAAAGCUAAGCAAACAUGAGCGACAAGGGGACAGUCUCACCAAAAGAGAAGGAGGCAACAGAGAAGAGGGGGCGUGGAAGACCCCGCAAGCAGCCCCAGGAACCAAGUGGGUCCCCUACUCCAAAGAGGCCCAGAGGACGGCCGAAGGGCAGCAAAAACAAGACAACCGGCAAGGGCAAAAAGGCAACAGCACCCCCAUCUGCAGGGGGAAAACGCAGGGGAAGACCUAAGAAGGAGGAGAAGGAAGAAAAGGCGUCCCAGGAAUCAUCGGAGGAGGAGGAGGAGGAGGAGGAAGAGGACCAGUAAUUCACAACGCAUGCUACCUCACUCAACAUACUGACUUACUGUUAACCAGAACUGGGCUGUAUCUCCAACACCAGUGCCACCACAUGACCACUGUUCACGACAAAGCCCUCUUUGCCAGAAGGAGGGUUAACACAGUACAUAUAUCAUGCAGCAGCACUGGAUAGAACGAUGGACCUUGCUCAAGCAUAGAUCUAAGAAUUACAUGAAAGGUAACAGCCCUUUUCUCUACAUGUCAUGUAAUCACAAGUCUUUUAUACUGGACAAAAGGUGUGCUCCAAGGAGCCCGGACGUUUCCGUUUUUCCCCUAAAGAUGGUUUGUAGGACAUUUCCUCUGCUUAAUGUUACUUAUUUGUUGUACCCGCAUCUGAGAUGGUAGGGCAUAUAGAGUUUUCUCCAUGUUUUGUACUGGACAAAGGUGAAUUUUACCUAUACUUGCUUUUUUUUUUUUCCUCCCUUUUUUUUUCUCCUUUUUUUUUGGGGGGGGGGUCAUUUUGUGUGUUCGUGUGAAGUGGUUAACCUAUCCUUUUGCAUUGUAUUCUAGAUGGAGUUGAGCUUCAGCAUAUAGGAUGAGAAUAGGUAACUGAUGGUAGAAGUGAUCGUUUUUUGUUUUUUUUCUUUUUCCUUCCUAUGUCUAAUCUGCAUAACUGAUUUCACCUCGCCUCACCAAUAAAGCAGAGUCAUCUGUACCAGCUUCCCCCUCCCCUCCUGUAAGACAGAGUAGACUUAGUUAUGCUUCUCAAACUUCCUUCUGAGUCCUGAGUGUGUAGUGGGGAGAUGUCAAGUGUAUCCUUAGUAAUCAGAAUAGUCUGACCAGACUUACUGUUUUGUUCCUUCGGGUUACAUACCAUUUAAAAAAAACAACGAAAAAAAACAUGAGUGUGCUGCUUUUCAUGUUAUAAUAAACUCAAAUCUUUUUGGUAUAAUGUGUGUUUUUAAGGAUAAGGUUGGCAGAGUUCUAGGCUGAGAGCAUCAGUGUCAUUUCUUCAGGGAGCUUUUACAAAUGCUGUUACAUUGGUGUCUUCGUCUUCACAUGGUCCUCAGUUUCUAAGCGCUCACUCAAUCACUCGUUAAGGCAAACUGCAAUUGGUCAAACAAGGAGUUUGAUUGUAAUAGAGGAUAGUUGGCACUACUAUCCAACAGGGCUGUAUGUUUUUUUUUUGUUUUGUUUUGUUUU